AUGUCCAACAUGGCCAACACUGCUACACCUACUCCCAAGCUCGAUAGAUAUGUGGUCAUUCAUGUGGCCACAACAUGCGAUGAACAUGGCGUCUACGUAACGAAAGACUCAGCCGAGGUGAUAGAGAUAGGAUGGAUCUUGCUGGAUACGAAGACGUGUGAUGAGUUACAUCGUGAAAGUGUUCUCGUCAAGCCAGUCAAUACACCCAUCACACCACUGUGCACGAGUCUGACAACCCUCACGUGGGAACACGUUCGAAAUGCAGGUGCUUUCCGUGAUGCAAUUACCCGCUUUGACACGUUCGCCAACGAACACUUGAUCUCGAAAAACCUCGAAUUCUCCUUUGUCACGCUCGAUUCGUGGGAUCUCCGUGUCCAACUGCCCCGAGAAGCUCGCGACAAAGCCGUGGUCUUACCUCCGUAUCUGCAACACUCCAGGACAUAUGACCUGCGUGCCGAAUACGCAAAAUGGCAGCAACACCAUCCAGAGUCACUGCCAUUUGGGCCCAGUUCUCUGGCCAAUAUUUGUGCGGCACUUGAGGUGGAACCUGUGCAAUCUUCGGCCCCUAUCAAGCAUAACCUACCUUUCCACCUACAAGCUCUAGCGCCAGCAUCUCCGCGUCGCGCGAUGGAGGAGGCAAUCACGCUUGCACGUGUGUUGCGUGGCCUGAUUAGAAAGUCACAGCCCCAACACGAUCAUCCGGAGAUACUGAGUCGACCCAUGGAUGCAAGAGCAGACGUGAGAGCUUUCCUUUCCGAACGCAGCAAGGUCUUGCACAUGAAUGGUCUGCCGCAUGACACUACCCAAUCUGAACUUGAAAGCUGGUUCACACAGUACGGAGGCCGACCUAUCGCCUUCUGGACCCUACGUACCCCUGAUCAGCAUAAGCCUACAGGAUCCGGGUUCGCUGUUUUUUCAUCGCAUGAAGAGGCCGCUGAAAGUCUGUGCAUGAAUGGGAGAGCGCUCAACGAGAAAGCUAUCGAAGUUUCGCCAUCUUCCAGUCGUGUACUUGAUCGAGCUGCUGAAAUUCUCUGUGCAUUUCCCCCCAGUAAAAACCGACCUCGUCCGGGUGACUGGACAUGCCCUGGUUGUGGCUUUUCGAACUUUCAACGUCGGACUGCCUGUUUUCGUUGCUCGUUCCCUGCCUCCGGUGCUGCCCCCAGCGACCCCAUGGGUGGUUAUGGAGCUUAUGGCUAUGGUCCGCCGAAUAUGAUGCCGCAUCAUCACAUAGGUGGCCAUCACGGCCAUGGGAUGGGUCAUGGACGAGGUGGAGGUCCGGUCCCGUUCCGAGCUGGUGAUUGGAAGUGUGGUUCAGAGGGUUGUGAAUAUCACAAUUUCGCAAAGAAUGUCAACUGCCUACGGUGUGGAGCACCCCGUUCAAGCGCUGCAGUUGUUGCAGACUCUGCUUUUCCGCCCACAAUGCAUCAACCGGGUGGGUACGGCAUGGGACCAAAUUCUGGUAUGGGUCCUGGAUCAAUUGGCAAUACACCCGGUCCCGGUCCUUUUGCAGUGGGCGCGGGUGGCUUUGGACCAGGAGCUGGAUUCGGGCAACAAUUCGGUGGACCACCACCAAGUCAAUACGCUUUACCUUCAGGUCUGGGUGCACCAACUGCUGGGUAUGGUCCCCCAAUGGGCGCAAUGACGCCAAACUACACUCCCAGCAAUAUGGCUCACUCUUCCUUCGGUAAUCCUGCAGCACAGGCAGCAUUUACUGGCGCUGACAGCCAGCCUCAAUCAGCCGGCGGACAUAAUGGAUUCUACAAUAACGAAGGUGCCGAUCCAUUUGCAUUCUUGAAUAGUGGUCUAGGUGGUCUUAGUAUCAACGACGAUCAAACUCGGAGAAAUGGAAAUGCAAACGCCGCCAAAUCUCCGUCGUGA